CAUGAGCCCUAGGCGAAGUGGCGUAUUUUUAACUUUGGCUACAACAGUUCUCGUUUCCGUUUCUUGUAACUUUUGGAGCUCGGAAGUGGAAGGCCAAAAUUUGGCCGACAUCGAAACCUAUCAGUAUCAUCUUUCGCUCAGAAGCAAUGGAACUUAUCUGUGUAGUGCCGCUAUCAUUGCUCAAAUUUGGGCCCUAUCGGCGGCACGCUGUGUGGCAAAUGUACAGCAAGUUGGACAAUUGACACUGCUGGGAGCGUCCAACAACCGACAAUCCGGGGGUCACAUUUUCCAGGUGGUUGGCCUCCAUCGGCACCCGGAUUGGAAUACUCAAACGAUGGAGUAUGAUCUCGCCCUUUUGGAAACAUACGAACCGAUGCGUGGAAUCCAUCUGUAUCCUGUUCCGAUGGAUGGGUUUGAUGAAGUUCAUCCCCCAGGAUCCCACGCGGUGGCUACCGGAUGGGGCCUCAUUGACAAUUCCAAAAACGUCACAUCCCGAGUAUUGAAACGUGCAGUCGUAACAUUGGUUAAUCAAACGGAGUGUUCCGAAACCUGGCCAAACUACAUAACAGAAGGAAUGCUCUGUGCCAGUGGUGGUUCGGAUCAGACGCUGUGUACCAUGGACAUCGGGAGUCCGCUGGUAGUUCAGGGGCGCCAGCUAAUCGGAGUCUUAUCGUGGGCGGACAUGAACUGCGGCGCCAACAGGGCCGUGGUUUAUGCGCGAGUGGCGUUUUGGCGCAUCCGAAGCUGGAUCGUGGAAGUCGCUGGAGUGUGACAGUGGAUUAAGUAGAAUAAAUUUGUUUUUGAUUACUUUGACUGUGGCCGUUGUAGACCAGUUUUCGAGCCAUUGUACAUUGUAAACGUUCAUAUUAAAGUUGUCAUUUUAGAGCCUAGUUUUUAUUAGUUUUUUUUUUUAAUCAAAAACUAAAAAAUGGUAUGGGAUUUUAGUAAAUCGGAUGCCUUUGAACCA